AUGUGGUACCUCGAUAGCGGUUCCCUGCCUGACCCGACGUCGACAUUCAUCGAGGCAUGGAUCAGACAGACCGAGGAUUCAAGGCAUCUGUACGACCAAGGAAUUGAAACCAUGGCGUCGCCUCGCACCCCAAGCCCGAGCAAGAAGGUCAAAAUUGUGCCUUUAGAUGUCGAUGCUACCCCUACCCAAAAUGGUUUGUCACUUGGACACCCCUCUCCUCCAAUGUUUCUGACGAUGCUGCCAGCAACAGCACCAGCCUUUUCGGAGCUCUCAAACGCGAGUUUAGGCUAUGUGCCCUCUGAGAGCGGGUCGAGCAUGUCCAUGUCAUCAGCAGCCUCUGGUUCAUCAAGCCCCCGAAAGCGAGAACUCGUGUUACGUAGCGCGAAAGAGUACCCUCUUGAACGCAAGGCAAUCAAGGACAUCGACAAGAUUAGUCCUCUUAUGCGUGAUUUGGCAAGUCUCAAAAAUGGCCAGGUUAUUCCGCACGCGAUGAAAGCCCGCAUCACGGAGAAAGAGGGUUUCCCAGACCCACCGCUAGAUAUCUGGUUUUUGCCAGCGACUUCAGAUGAGACUAUCAUGGAGAACGACGAGUACAUUUACCGUCGAAUUUGUUCGAUUCUCGGUCGGACCGUCAGGUGUAAGACGCGCAUGUCUCACGAAUCGAGCUGGAACGACAGUGUUCACUCUCCGCUCCUGGAGAUUGCACUGGAAGAGGGUGACGAAGAUGUCACGUAUGAGAACAUAACACAAUGUCGAGUAUACCCAGAACUACGUGACCCAGAUCCCUUUCUGAAAGAUGCCAAAGUUGACUACGGCAUGUUCAUUGAGCCGCCGGAGGGCUCUCGUCUUUACUCGUCAAUUAAGCGUUUCAAGUCUCUCAACCAAAACAACCGGAUCGCCCACGUCAAGCUUAGUGAUGAGGGCAACACGCCCAUAGCCAUCAGUAUUGAGACCAAGAAUCCAAAAUCUAAUGGCGAGCUCACUGGCCCAGCCCAGCUUGGAACAUGGGUUCGGGCUCAUUUUCGGCAUCUUCAGAGCCUACCUCACGUAUCUACGGAAGGAUUGCCUAUUCUUCCCAUCGUUUUUGUCAAUGGAGCUGACUGGCGUGUUGACUUUGCCGAGCGCAGGCGCGAUAGAAUGUGUCCCAGAUCAUCUGGGAGAGCAUCAAGAUUGGAUCCUCUGAUUCUUCCCACGGAUGUUAUGUCAUCACCGCUGCUCUUCGUAGACUGGCGAAAUGGUGCCGAGAUGACCAGCAAGAGGUUUCUGUCUUGUAGGACGGCCGGUGUUUGGAACGCUGGCUCAUCCUCGAUGACGGAGGAAAUUGGCGGUAAGGAUAAGGGAGUCGUCAAGGCCCCGAAACUUGAUGACGGUACCGUGAAGUUUGAAGAUGGGAGCCGCACAGGAGGCAGACUGGGGCAUGACUCUGAGUCGAGGUCAAGGGCUGCAUGCAUGGCGGAUAGGGCGCUAUCGAUAGAGUCUGGUGGUCCCACCUCUGGCAUGCUAGGCUGGUCAAGAGCUUCAUGCAUUGCACCUAUGGCAUGA